AGAUGCUGGUUGCAAGUUUUGGAGAACAGCCAUUUCUGUUUAAUACACCUUUGUAAAUCUUCCACAAGAUUCCUUGAAAAUAGCGUGCACUUGUGAUGGACCAUAGGAAUACUGCUAUGUUAGGAGUGGGUUCUGACUCCGAAGGAUUUUCAAGAAAGAGUCCCUCUGCCAUCAACACUGGAACACUGGUUAGUAAGAGAGAAGUGGAACUAGAGAAUAGCACUAAGGAGGAAGAGGACCUUUGGAGGCGGAAUUGGGACAGAAAUAAUGAGACAGGGAAAAAUGAUGGUUUGACUGAUGCACAGCAACAGUUUUCUGUGAAAGAAACAAAUUUUUCAGAGGGAAAUUUAAAGUUGAAAAUUGGCCUGCAGGCUAAGAGAACUAAAAAGCCUCCUAAAAACUUGGAGAACUAUGUGUGUCGACCUGCCAUAAAAACAAGCAUUAAGCAUCCAAGGAAAGCACUGAAAAGUGGGAAGAUGACAGAUGACAAAAAUGAACUUUGCCCUUCAAAACGAGACCCUUCAAAACUCUACAAGAAAGCAAGUGAUGUUACAGUUGUUGAAUGCCGCUCUGAAGAAGGCAUCCACCUUCAUUCACAGGGAGAAAAUAAUUCUGUGUCAAAGAAGCUUUCUCCACUACACUCUGAGAUGACAGAUUAUGUUAAAUCAGCACCAUCUACUCUUGUUGGUAGCCGUGAUCCUGACUCAAAGGACAGAGCACUACUUAAUGGAGCAACAAGUGUAACAGAAAAACUGGCACAGCUCAUUGCUACUUGUCCACCUUCCAAGUCUUCCAAGACAAAGCCGAAAAAGCUAGGGGCUGGUAUUACAGCAGGAUUGGUUAGCAAAGACUUGAUCAGGAAGCCAGGCAUUGGUCCUAUGGCAGGAAUUAUCCACAAGGACUUGGUUAAGAAACCGACAAUUAGCACAGCAGUUGGGUUGGUAACUAAAGACCCCGGGAAAAAGCCAAUUUUUAGUGCUGCAGUAGGAUUGGUCAGUAAAGACUCUGGGAAAAAACUGGGCACUGGCACUACAACAGUAUUCAUAAAUAAGGACUUAGGAAAGAAACCAGGGACUAUCACUACAGUGGGACUGGUGAGCAGAGAUUCAGGGAAGAAAUUGGGAAUUGGUAUCGUCCCAGGUCUGGUGAAUAAGGAAUCAGGAAAGAAAUUGGGACUUGGUACUGUAGUUGGACUUGUUAAUAAAGAUUCAGUAAAGAAGUUGGGCCCUGCCAUUGGACUGAUUGCAAAGGACUGUGGGAAGAAGACCAUAACAAAUUCAGCAGUGGGAUUGGUUAAUAAGGACCCUGCAAAAAAAUUGGUGACUUGCCCAGUGGCAGGAUUGGUAAGCAAAGAUAUCGUGAAUUUAAAAGCUGAAGCCUUGCUUCCUGCUCAAGAACCACUUAAGGUUUCUUGCAAUACAAAUACUAGUAGUCAUGAAAGUCAGGAGCUUUCUGAAUCCCUGAAAGAUAGUGCCACCAGCAAAACUUUUGAGAAGACUAUUAUACGGCAGAAUAAAGAUAGCAUAUUAGAAAAGUUCUCAAUUCGGAAAGAAAUCAUUACUUUGGACAAAGACAUUUUUAAUGAAGGACCUUGCAUUCAGCAGGACAGUUUUUUAUCCAGUGAAAGGGGGACCUAUGUUGAAACUACAAAGCAUGAGAAGCAGCCUCCAGUAUAUUGCACUUCACCAGACUUUCAAAUGGGAGGUACUUCUGAUGCUUCUACAGCUAAGUCUCCCUUUAGUGCAAUAGGGGAGAGUAAUCUCCCUUCCCCUUCACCAGCCAUGUCUGUUACACCUUUAAACAGAAGUCCUCCUGGAACUUCCUCCCAGCUGGCUACUAAUCCAUUACAUUUAGGUCCUUCUACAGAACUCAUAGAAGGAAUUGCUGAAUCCAUUGGAAAAACCCAAUUCAGUUCUGAAAAUUCCCAUUUGAACCUUGGUCACAGGUCUCUGGUUCAUAGCAUGAACACUGAUUGCAAAGGGAGUGAUAAAGAGUUAAAUGACUCAAAAGCUACUCACACAGACAACCCAAGAAUGGGCUCUUCCAUAGGAAAAAAGCCAAGUCUGGCUUCAGAAUCCAGUAUUCAUGCUACAAUUACCCCCUCAGUUGUUAGUUUCACUAGUUUAUUUAGCAGUAAACCUUUUCUGAAGAUUGGUACAGUAACUGCAUCAGAGAAACACUGCCAAGUUGCUGAAAGCCUGAGCGCUAGUUUGCAGUCCAAACCAUUAAAAAAAAGAAAAGGAAGGAAACCACGAUGGACUAAAGUGGUAGCAAGAAACACAUGCCGGCCUCCAAAAGGGCUAGAAUUAGAAAGGUCAGAGCUUUUUAAAAAUGUUUCUUGUAGCUCUUUGUCAAAUAGCAAUUCCGAGCCAGCCAAGUUUAUGAAAAACAUUGGGCCAUCUUCAUUUGUGGAGCAUGACUUCCUUAAAUGCCGAUUGCCAAAGCUGAGUAAAUCUAGCACAGCUCCAUCUCUUGCCCUGUUAACUGAAACUGACAAGCAGUCUCAUAAGUCCUUUGCCACCCACAAACUUUCCUCUAGUAUAUGCAUGUCUGGUGAUCUUUUACCUGACAUUUAUAAGCCUAAAAGAGGAAGACCUAAAACUAAGGAGAUGCCCCAACUAGAAGGUCCCCCAAAAAGGACCCUAAAAAUCCCAGCCUCUAAAGUCUUUUCAUUGCAGUCAAAAGAAGAGCAAGAGCCCCCGAUUUUGCAGCCAGAAAUUGAAAUCCCUUCCUUCAAGCAAAGCCUAUCAGUAUCGCCUUUCCCAAAAAAGAGAGGAAGGCCAAAAAGACAAAUCAGAUCACCAGUCAAGAUGAAACCACCUGUGCUAUCAGUGGCACCCUUUGUGGCUACUGAAAGUCCAAGCAAACUAGAGGCUGAGAGUGACAAGCAUAGAAGUAGUAGUGACUUCUUUGAAAGAAAAGAUCAACUUCAGGGUCCAGAUGACAGUCAUAAACCAAGUGUCUGUGGUAUGGGUGACCUUGAGAUGGAACCUGAUAAAAAAAUUAGCAAGAGAAACAAUGGCCAAUUAAUGAAAACCAUUAUCCGCAAAAUAAACAAGAUGAAGACUUUGAAGAGAAAGAAACUCCUGAAUCAGAUUCUCUCAAGUUCUGUAGAGUCAAGCAACAAAGGGAAAGUGCAAUCCAAACUCCACAACACAGUGUCAACACUUGCUGCCACUUUUGGCUCCAAACUGGGCCAACAGAUAAAUGUCAGCAAGAAGGGAACCAUUUAUAUAGGAAAGAGGCGAGGCCGGAAACCAAAAGCUGUGUUGAAUGGCAUCUUAACUAGUAGCCCAACUGGUCUGGCUGUCCUAGAGAAAACAGCUCAUCAGGCAGCUGGGACAGCAUUAGGACAAAUUCUCCCCCCUCUCUUGCCUUCAGCAGCAAGUAGUUCUGAGGUUCUUCCAUCCCCCAUCUGUUCUCAGUCUUCUGGGACCAGUGGGGGCCAAAGUCCUGUCAGCAGUGAUGCAGGAUUUGUUGAGCCCAGUCCAGUGCCAUAUUUACAUAUACACUCCAGACAGGGCAGUAUGAUUCAGACACUUGCUAUGAAGAAGGCUUCAAAGGGAAGGAGGCGAUUAUCUCCUCCUACUUUGUUGCCAAAUUCUCCUUCUCACUUGAGUGAACUCACUUCUCUUAAGGAAGCUACUCCUUCUCCAAUUAGUGAGUCUCAUAGUGAUGAGACCAUUCCUAGUGAUAGCGGGAUUGGAACAGAUAAUAAUAGCACAUCAGACAGGGCAGAAAAGUUUUGUGGGCAGAAAAAGAGGAGACAUUCUUUUGAACAUGUUUCUCUCAUCCCCCCUGAAACCUCCACAGUCCUAAGUAGUCUCAAAGAAAAACAUAAACACAAGUGUAAACGCAGGAGUCAUGAUUACCUCAGUUAUGACAAAAUGAAAAGACAGAAGCGAAAACGGAAAAAGAAGUAUCCCCAGUUACGAAACAGACAGGAUCCAGACUUCCUUGCUGAGCUGGAGGAACUCAUAAGUCGUUUAAGUGAAAUUCGGAUCACUCAUCGAAGUCAUCAUUUUAUCCCCCGUGAUCUCCUACCCACUAUUUUUCGAAUUAACUUUAACAGUUUCUAUACGCACCCCACUUUUCCCUUAGACCCGUUGCACUACAUUAGAAAACCUGACUUAAAGAAAAAAAGAGGGAGGCCCCCCAAGAUGAGGGAAGCAAUGGCUGAAAUGCCUUUUAUGCAUAGCCUUAGUUUCCCUCUCUCUAGUACUGGGUUUUACCCCUCUUAUGGCAUGCCUUAUUCUCCCUCUCCACUUGCAGCUGCUCCCAUAGGAUUAGGAUACUAUGGAAGGUACCCUCCAACUCUUUAUCCACCACCUCCCUCUCCUUCUUUCACCACUCCUUUGCCACCUCCUUCUUACAUGCAUGCUGGUCAUUUGCUUCUCAAUCCUGCCAAAUACCACAAAAAGAAACAUAAGCUGCUUCGUCAGGAGGCCUUUCUUACAACAAGUAGGACACCCCUUCUCUCCAUGAGCACCUACCCCAGCGUCCCUCCUGAGAUGGCUUAUGGUUGGAUGGUGGAGCACAAACACCGGCACCGUCACAAACAUAGAGAACACCGUUCUUCUGAGCAACCCCAGGUUUCCAUGGACACUUUAGCUACCAAUAGCUCUUCUAGAACUGUCCUAGAAUCCUUGAAGCGCUACCGGUUUGGCAAAGAUGCUGUUGGGGAACGAUAUAAACACAAAGAGAAGCAUCGUUGUCACAUGUCCUGUCCUCAUCUGUCCCCAUCAAAAAGCUUAUUAAGCCGAGAGGAGCAGUGGGUCCACCGAGAGCCUUCAGAAUCCAGUUCUUUGGCAUUGGGGUUACAGACACCUUUACAGAUUGACUGUUCAGAAACAUCUCCAGGUUUGUCCCUGGGAGGUUUCACGCCCAGCUCUGAGCCAGCCAGCAGUGAUGAACAUACAAACCUUUUCACAAGUGCAAUAGGCAGCUGCAGAGUAUCAAACUCUACUAACAUGAGUGGCCGGAAGAAACUGACUGACAGCCCAGGACUCUUUACUGCACAGGACACUUCACUAAAUCGGCCUCUCAGAAAGGAAACUUUGCCUUCCAACGAAAGGGCACUGCAGAGUUUGACAGGCUCCCAGGCAGCCCUAGACAAGCCCUCCCAAAGGCCAUCAGAGAGCACAAACUGCAGCCCUACCCGAAAGAGGUCUUCAUCAGAGAGCACUUCUUCAACAGUGAUCGGAAUCCCUACCCGAGGUACAAGAUUAGGAACAUCUAUGGAUGACUCUGUGGAUAGUCUGCUACAGCGAAUGGCACAACAUGAAAGCCAAGGGACCUUAGAGAAGAAUAUUGAUGCUGUCAUUGCCACAGUCUCCAUCCCACCUUCCUCAAGCCCAGGCCAUACCCACAGUAGGGAACGAGGUCUGGGGAAAUCAGACAGCCUGCUAGUACCCGCAGCACCUAGUGACCCCUGCAGUAAUACCACCAUCUCACUCCUCUCUGAGAGGUUGCCAAGCAGCUGUUCCCCCCAUCAUCUCAAGAGGAGUGUGGUAGAAGCCAUGCAACGCCAAGCCCGGAAAAUGUGCAAUUAUGACAAAAUCUUGGCCACCAAGAAAAACCUGGACCAUGUCAAUAAAAUCUUAAAAGCCAAAAAGCUUCAAAGACAGGCAAGGACAGGUAAUAAUUUUGUGAAGCGCAGACCAGGCCGACCUCGGAAGUACCCCCUCCAGGCUGUGGUGUCAAUGCAGGCAUUCCAGGCUGCCCAGUUUGCCAGCCCAGAAUUAGAUGAAGGGGAGGAAGGUGGAGCACUGCAUCUUGGUCCUGAUACAGUUACAGAUGUCAUUGAGGCUGUUGUUCAGAGUGUGAACCUGAACCCAGAACUUAGGAAAGGAUGGAAAAGGAAAAGUUGGCUUCUGGAAGAAGAGGCAAGGAAAAGACAGAAGAUACUUCCAGAGGAAGAACAGGAGAAUAAUAAAAGCUUUCCUGAGACAACAAUUGAAUCUCCUAGUCCUCCAGAAGCCCCACCAAAACCACCUGAACCUGAGAAUACCCUACAGCCUUUGCCUUCUCUUAUUCCACGGGAAAAGAAGGCCCCUCGCCCCCCAAAGAAAAAAUAUCAGAAAGCAGGGCUCUAUUCUGAUGUAUACAAAACUACAGACCCAAAGAGCCGGCUGAUACAAUUAAAGAAAGAAAAACUGGAGUACACUCCUGGAGAGCAUGAGUAUGGAUUAUUCCCAGCCCCUAUUCAUGUUGGAAAAUAUCUGAGACAAAAGAGAAUUGACUUUCAGCUUCCAUAUGAUAUCCUCUGGCAAUGGAAACACAAUCAGCUAUAUAAAAAGCCAGAUGUCCCACUAUACAAAAAAAUCCGUUCAAAUGUCUACGUUGAUGUCAAACCUCUUUCUGGCUAUGAGGCUACCACCUGCAACUGUAAAAAACCAGAUGAUGGCAAUAGGAAGGGUUGUAUGGAUGACUGUCUCAACAGAAUGAUCUUUGCUGAAUGCUCCCCCAAUACCUGCCCCUGUGGGGAGCAAUGCUGUAAUCAGAGGAUACAAAGGCAUGAGUGGGUGCAGUGUCUUGAGCGGUUCCGAGCUGAGGAGAAGGGCUGGGGGAUCCGGACCAAAGAACCUUUGAAAGCUGGCCAGUUCAUCAUCGAAUACUUGGGAGAAGUUGUCAGUGAGCAGGAGUUCAGGAACCGAAUGAUUGAACAAUACCAUAAUCACAGUGACCACUACUGCCUAAAUCUGGACAGUGGAAUGGUGAUUGACAGCUACCGCAUGGGCAAUGAGGCCCGCUUCAUCAACCACAGCUGUAACCCAAAUUGUGAAAUGCAAAAAUGGUCUGUCAAUGGAGUCUACCGGAUUGGGCUCUAUGCCCUGAAAGAUAUGCCAGCUGGUACUGAACUCACCUAUGACUACAAUUUUCAUUCCUUUAAUGUUGAGAAACAGCAACUUUGUAAGUGUGGUUUUGACAAAUGCCGAGGUAUCAUUGGGGGCAAGAGCCAACGCAUGAAUGGACUCACCAGCAAAAGCACCCAACCUGUGACCACACACAGACGUCCAGGACGGUCAAAAGAGAAGAGGAAAUCCAAGCACAAGUUGAAGAAGAGGAGAGGCCAUCUUUCUGAGGAGCCUAAUGAAAAUGUCAACACACCAACCAGAAUGACCCCCCAACUGCAAAUGAAGCCGAUGUCCAACCGCGAAAGGAACUUUGUGUUAAAACAUCAUGUAUUCCUGGUCCGGAACUGGGAGAAAAUCAGACAGAAGCAAGAGGAGGUAAAACACACCAGCGACAAUAUCCAUUCGGCUUCCUUGUACACCCGCUGGAAUGGUAUCUGCCGAGAUGAUGGAAACAUCAAAUCUGAUGUCUUCAUGACCCAGUUCUCCGCCUUGCAGACAGCCCGCUCAGUACGGACAAGGAGGUUGGCAGCUGCGGAGGAGAACAUCGAAGUGGCCCGGGCAGCACGCCUGGCCCAGAUAUUCAAAGAGAUAUGUGACAGCAUCAUCUCUUACAAAGAUUCCUCCCGACAGGCAUUGGCAGCUCCACUGUUGAACCUUCCCCCAAAGAAAAAGAAUGCUGAUUAUUAUGAGAAGAUAUCUGACCCCUUAGAUCUCAUCACCAUUGAGAAGCAGAUCCUGACAGGUUAUUACAAGACAGUGGAGGCGUUUGAUGCUGACAUGCUCAAGGUCUUCCGGAAUGCUGAGAAAUACUAUGGGCGCAAGUCCCCAAUUGGGAGAGAUGUAUGUCGACUACGCAAAGCAUACUACAAUGCACGUCAUGAGGCAUCAGCUCAAAUUGAUGAGAUUGUGGGGGAAACAGCAAGUGAGGCAGACAGCAGCGAAACCUCAGUCUGUGAGAAGGAAAAUGGGCACGAGAAGGAUGAUGAUGUUAUCCGCUGUAUCUGCGGCCUCUACAAGGAUGAAGGCCUCAUGAUCCAGUGUGACAAGUGCAUGGUGUGGCAGCACUGUGAUUGCAUGGGAGUAAACUCAGAUGUAGAGCACUACCUCUGUGAACAAUGUGAUCCAAGGCCUGUGGAUAGGGAGGUGCCCAUGAUACCUCGGCCCCAUUAUGCCCAGCCUGGCUGCGUCUACUUCAUCUGUCUGCUCCGGGAUGACCUGCUCCUACGUCAAGGUGACUGUGUGUACCUGAUGCGAGACAGUCGGCGAACCCCUGAUGGCCACCCAGUCCGUCAAUCUUAUCGAUUAUUAUCCCACAUCAACCGAGAGAAACUUGACAUCUUCCGCAUUGAGAAGCUUUGGAAGAAUGAAAAAGAGGAGCGGUUUGCCUUUGGUCAUCAUUAUUUUCGUCCUCACGAAACCCACCACUCCCCAUCACGUCGAUUUUAUCACAACGAGCUUUUCCGAGUACCACUAUAUGAAAUCAUUCCUCUGGAGGCUGUGGUGGGGACUUGUUGUGUGUUGGACCUGUACACAUACUGUAAAGGGAGGCCCAAAGGAGUGAAGGAACAGGACGUAUACAUCUGUGACUACCGACUUGAUAAAUCAGCCCACCUGUUCUACAAGAUUCACCGGAACCGCUACCCCGUCUGCACCAAACCCUAUGCCUUCGAUCACUUCCCCAAGAAGCUCACUCCCAAGAGAGAUUUCUCACCUCAUUAUGUCCCAGACAACUACAAGAGGAAUGGAGGAAGGUCAUCUUGGAAGACAGAACGUUCAAAGCCACCCAUCAAGGACCUAGGCCAAGAGGAUGAUGCCCUGCCACUCAUUGAAGAAGUACUGGCCAAUCAAGAGCAAGCAGCCAAUGAGAUGCCCACCCUGGAGGAACCUGAUCGGGAGGUGGCAUCUGGUGAAACAACAGAGGGUGAAAAGAAAGCAGAUGAAGGUAGACAGGAGCCUCAGAGGUCCUGCACACCUGAAGAGAGGCGACACAGCCAACGGGAGCGACUCAACCAGAUUCUGCUCAAUCUCCUUGAAAAGAUCCCUGGGAAAAAUGCCAUUGAUGUGACAUACUUGCUGGAGGAAGGAUCAGGAAGAAAGCUUCGGAGACGUACUCUGCUUAUCCCAGAGAGCAGCUUCCGAAAGUGACCAUCGGCGGGGGCCAGACCUCAAGCUUCUGGGACCCAUUGAGGGCCAGUCAACCCAACCUCCUGACCCAGCUUCCACUUGAGUGUAAACAGGGAUAAGAAGAGGACCCUCCAGGCAGGGGAUUAGGACCAUGAAGCUGACAUUAGGUACUGAAUGGAGAAGAUGAAAGAGAGAGCUGUCCAAGACAGACUAGCUUAAUUUAUUUUCCUCUCCACAUCCCCCACCAGAGGAAAACUAAUAGAGGGUUAGAACAGGGGAAGGGCUGCACAUUCGAGCCUAUUGGCACUUUUGCCCCCCCUUUCCUUAGACCUGGCUUUUCUUGCACCCUUCUCCAACUUUAUGGGCACUGCCAGAGGGCAUCCCUGACUCAAAGUCCAUGGUCUCACCCCAGCCGUCCUUAGCUCCUAGAGCUCCCACAGGGACCCAGAAAAGACAGCAGCCAAGGUUUCCUCCCAGCUACAAAAAAAAAAAAAAGUUUAUCUUCCCUCCUUAACCCAGCUAGUUCAAAGUAAAAUAUAAGUCAAGUCUAAAGCACUUGUAACUACCACCCACCUCCCUCCCCUUUACUCUGACUUGUACCCCCCCACCCUCACCCAUGGGGUCUUGGCAUAUAAGGAGAGCCCCCAGGGGAUCAGGGAGGAGGUGGGCACAUCAAGUGUAAUUAUAAUUGUUUUGCCCUUUGUUCCCUACAGACCAGAUUUUUUUUUCUUAAAGGGAAGGCCAGGCCCUGCCAGCACACCGCAUUGUUUGUUUUUGAAGCGCUGUGGUUCUUAUGUGUCUGAUGUGCUGUGCAAAUGGAUAUCCAUUUAAAAAAAAAAAAACUUUUAAAAAACACAAAUGAAAAACUCUAAUCCUCCCCCCAUGUCACUACAUGAAAUGUCAAGCAGUAUUCAACUACCAGAGUAUUUGUUGUGAGCUGUAGAUUAUCAACUGAAAACACUACUCUUGUGUUCUUAACUGUACAGUCAAAUUAUCCAUCUCUUAAAGAGACAGUGUGUAUUUCUCUUCUCUCAGUCACAUCUCUACUUCCCUUUACCGUCCUGAAUGUCUAAGAUGAAGUUGGUAUAGGGGCUCCCCUACCCAAGCACCUCUCUUUUUUCCCAUUUUCCUUCUGGCCAGGGAUUGCUAGAAUACACUGUCUCUUUAAAAAAAAAAAUUUUUUUUUUUAAGCUUUGCUUUGUUGUCCUCUCAGACGUACAUAUGCAUAUACGUUUUAGAUGUUCUUAUGAGAAAAAAAGACCGUUUUUAAAUGUGCCAAGUUGUAUAUAUAUAAUAUAUAUAUAUAUAUAUCUGCUGCGUGAUUGGUAAGCAAUACAAUAGUUAACUUGUCCCUAUUCCUUUUUUUAAAUAUUGGACCAAUGCAGUCCUAAAUGUACAUUUCCCCUUAUAAUGACAACUCUCUCUCUCUCUCUUUCUCUCUCUCUCUCUCUCUCUCUCUCUCUCUCUGAUUCCUUUAGGU